CAAUCCCAUAACAAGAAUUACGUAGGGAGAUUUGGAAAAUAAAUCCAUAAUAUCGGGUCAGAUUUGAGAACGUUUACACCUAUAAGUACUCUGUCUAUGGAAACAAAUACUAUGGUCUAUGGCUCCGCCGCCUAACUCAAUCAUCUCACGUCACGUGGCCGUGAUCGGAGCCGGAGCCGCCGGGCUCGUGGCAGCUCGAGAGCUUUGUCGUGAAGGCCACACGGUCACCGUCUUUGAGCGUCAGAAACAAGAAGGACUUUGGGUUUACACUCCAUACGUCGAGACAGACUUACUGAGCAUCGACCCGGAUCGAACCAUCGUCCAUUCGAGCGUCUAUCAGUCCCUCCGCACCAAUCUCCCACGAGAGUGUAUGGGCUAUUGUGAGUUCCCGUUCGUAACUCGACCUGAUGACGAGUCCAGAGACCCGAGACGGUACCCGGACCACAGGGAAGUCAUGAUGUACCUUCAAGAUUUCACCAAAGAGUUCAAGAUCGAUGAGAUGAUCCGAUUCGAGACCGAGGUCGUGCGGGUGGAGCCAGCGGCGGAGAACAGUCUUAAAUGGAUAGUUCAGUUUAAGAGCUCAAGAGGUGUCUUUGGUGAAGAUAUCUUCGACGCAGUCGUCGUUUGCAAUGGUCAUUUCACUGAGCCUCGUCUUGCUCAUAUUCCUGGUAAGUAAUUUAAAGUAUCCAAAACCAUUAAAUAUCUCUUAACUAUAAAAGUGUGGUUGCUCGUCUACUGAGCCUUGGAGAGUGGAACAAUAUAAUAUCGCCAUCAAGAAAAAUGAUGAUACUUAUCGUGAUGAUGAAUGUGAUGACGAUGAUCAACUUCUCGAAGAAGCGUACCGUGAUUUCGCUAAAUUUAAACCGUCCAAAGUUUGUUCUACCCACUGCCACUAGUUCCAAAGUAAGUGCACUACGGCCUACGAGACCAAGAGUUGAAAUUUCCUAUGUUGGUGAAACGAAUAAAAAAGGUUAAAUUAAAAUACUUGUUUUUGGUAAUCCACAAAAUAAACGUUUUCUCUUUUGGUGGUUCCAGAAUGGAAGGUGAUUAAUGGAGUAUAUUACAAAGUUUGACUUUUGUAACAUAUUUUAUGUAUUUUGAGAAUAAAGUAUAUGAACAUGCAACACAUAAUAAUAUAAGAAUCUUAAUUUAGGUCGAUUACAGCUUAAUUAUUGCAAAAAGUUACUUUUUAUUCUAUGGUCACCAUGUGUCCAUGUAAUUACUUGAUUAGUUCAGUUGGGUUUUUAAUUUCUUAAUU